UUCAGUGGACAUAUUUAUUGCUGUGGGGUACCACUCGUAUCGAGACAACAAUUUCGUCGACUGCCGUAUGGUUUCACCAACCUUGCUGAACAAGCAACUUCUCCCACCCGACAUCUACAGUAUCUAUAGCGUCCGUCUGGCCGAAGUCAUGAGCAGCUUGACGGUGAACCCCGCGGCGUGGCCACCAACUACUUCGUUUGGCGUGUCCGUUGGCAUGCAAGGUCGUUGGUAUAAGCCAAAGGACCGAGACUACGACCCCAACGGGCCCGGGAAUUACCAGCUUGGCAAGCCGUGCGCAAAUGAAUUACCUCUUGGGUUCACGAAGCAGACAUCAGACAUUAUAUGGGCCUGUCGUAACCAUGGGUACAACAAGACAUUCAAGAUCGACCAGACGUUCCAGGCGAUGGUGGGGUACGAUAAGCAGUUCGGCUUUCUCGUCACCUUCGACACAGCUGAAACACUUCGGUCAAAGUUGUGUGAAGCGAAGAGCACCGCCCCAGCUGCGAAGUUUUACAUCGCUGCUGCCGCCAUCGGAGCUGAAGACCACGUUAACGCGUGUGGAUUCGGAGCGUUGACACGGCUGCGCAUGCUCAAGGCUCUCACUUAUUUCUUUGCGUACAACUACACCUCAGCUGCGCAAAAGUCAGCAUGCCUCCUGGUCAACCCUUAGUGAGAGCGAGACUGAUAAGUCCCUUCGUAGUGUCUACAGCCUACGCUACCAUUAUUUUCAGGUCUUUUUUUUUUCGUCCAAUGGUGAGGAAAACCGGCAGCGGUUUUUCAUGCCCAGAUCGGCAAGCAAUAAAAUUUCCUGAGGAGAUAAGAAUCUUGUCAACACUUAUGGGAGAAGCUUUAUUUGGCGAACGGCGCA